GUGGUGCUCCUGUCUGCCACCAUGCCUCAGGAUGUCCUGGAGGUCACCAAGAAGUUCAUGCGUGAGCCUAUCCGUAUCUUGGUGAAGAAGGAGGAGCUCACCCUGGAGGGUAUCCGCCAGUUCUACAUCAACGUGGAGAAAGAGGUAUUGCUGUAAUGGAUGCAUGUUAUAGUUAUAGUUAUAGUUAUAGCAAGUGUGUGUAUAUAAAGAGAAUAUAUUGCUCUUUUAAAUGCUCGUUAUUACAAUCUUGUGAGGCCCUUUGCUCUACUAACAGGAAUAAGUUAAGUCAUGAAGUAGCCCCAUUUGGUCAAUACAACACAGUAACUGUCCUGUUAACAUGGAAUGUUAAUCAAUGAUACUUUUAGAAAUGGCCUUUCCUUCCUUAAAAUUGUAUUAUUUGAUUAUCAAGAUGGUUGAUUUUGUAUGAAAAUAGCUUGCUACAGUGCUUCUAAUGAUGAGUUUAGCUAUAUCCUCUUGAGCACUUUUGAAACGUUGUUGGGGUCCCAAGUUCCCUCUGAGUCUCCAGAGAUCUGUAUAUAAUGAAGAGAUGCUCAUUUCUCCACCCUAACAUUGGGAGUUGUCCCGAAGGCGGGCAACAAGCUUAGGUCCUAAAUAAGUCCAUAGAAACACAUUGGGCUUAUUUUGGACAGAUUUAGGCUAGAGUGAAACCUCUCACUCCCAUGCUGUUGGAGUAACAGUGUUCUUUGGCAGAGAAAGUCGACUGCUCUACACCGUGGCUGGGCUCUUUGUCCCUCUACAACUUUAACUUAAAAGCAACCUCAUCCGCUUUAUAAUUUAACUGUAAUAUCAACCUUUUGUGUAUUAUACCCCUUUCACACUACUGAGCUGAGACAUUAUUUACUUUACUAGCCUGGAACUGUGCUGGAUAAGGAACAUUUGAAAAUGGUAAUAACAAAAUAUCCUAGUGUGAAUAGUGUAGUUUGGGUUGGCACAAUAGCUUGAAAUGGGUGUUAUUGACCAGAUCUUUGGCUUGAAGUUUUCCCUUUUCUUCAUACUCAAUUCAACCCCCUUUCCUUUGUUAGGAGUGGAAGCUGGACACCCUGUGUGAUCUGUACGAGACCCUGACCAUCACCCAAGCUGUGAUCUUCAUCAACACCCGCCGAAAGGUGGACUGGCUGACUGAGAAGAUGCACGCCAGGGACUUCACAGUCUCUGCCCUGGUAAGAGCUCCUGCACUUCCAGCUUGGUGUCCAUGUUCCACAGUUUUGUUAUACCUAACACCCAGGUACUGUAUAUACAGUACCAGUCAAAAGUUUGGACACCUACGCAUUCAAGGGGUUUUCUUUAUUUUAAAAACAUUUUUACAUUGUAGAAAAUUAGUGAAGACAUCAAAACUAUGAAUAACACAUGGAAUCAUGUAGUAACCAACAAAGUGUUAAACAAAUCAAAAUAUAUUUUAUUUACGUUUACAUUCACCCUUUGCCUUGAUGACAGCUUUGCACACUUGGCAUUCUCUCAACCAGCUUCACCUGGAAGGCUUUUCCAACAUUCUUGAAGGAGUUCCCACAUAUGCUGAGCACUUUUUGGCUGCUUUUCCUUCACUCUGCGGUCCAACUAAUCCCAAACCAUCUCAAUUGGGUUGAGGUUGGGGGAUUGUGGAGGCCAGGUCACAGCAUUCCCAACCACAGCAUUCUCCUUCUUGGUAAAAUAGCCGUUACAUAGACUGGAGGUGUGUUGGGUCAUUGUCCUGUUGAAAAACAAAAGAUAGUCCCACUAAACCCAAACCAGAUGGGAUGGCGUAUCGCUGCAGAAUGCUGUGGUAGCCAUGCUGGUUAAGUGUGCCUUGAAUUCUAACUAAAUCACAGACAGUGUCACCAGCAAAGCACCCCCACACCAUAACGCCUCCUCCUCCAUGCUUUACAGUGGGAACUACACAUGCAGAGAUCAUCCGUUCACCCACACUGCGUCUCACAAAGACACAGCGGUUUGAACCAAAAAUCUCAAAUUUGGACUCCAGACCAAAGGACACAUUUCCACCGGUCUAAUGUCCAUUGCUAGUGUUUCUUGGCCCAAGCAGGUCUCUUCUUCUUAUUGGUGUCCUUUACUAGUGGUUUCUUUGCAGCAAUUCGACCAUGAAUGCCUGAUUCACACAGUCUCCUCUGAACAGUUAAUGUUGAGAUGUGUCUGUUACUUGAACUCUGUGACGUAUUCAUUUGGGCUGCAAUUUCUGAGGCUGGUAACUCUAAUGAACUUAUCUUCUGCAGCAGAGGUAACUCUGGGUCUUCCAUUCCUGUGGCGGUCCUCAUGAGAGCCAGUUUCAUCAUAGCGCUUGAUGGUUCUUGUGACUGCACUUUAAGAUGCGUUCAAAGUUCUUGAAAUGUUCUGUAUUGACUGACCUUCAUGUCUUAAAGUAAUGAUGGACUGUCGUUUCUCUUUGCUUAUUUGAGCUGUUCUUGCCAUAAUAUGGACUUGGUCUUUUACCAAAUAAGUCUAUAUUCUGUAUUCCCCCCUACCUUGUCACAACACAACUGAUUGGCUCAAAUGCAUUAAGAAGGAAAACAAUUCCACAAAUUAACUUUUGACAAGGCACACCUGUUAAUUGAAAUGCAUUCCAGGUGACUAUCUCAUGAAGCUGGUUGAGAGAAUGCCAAGAGUGUGCAAGCUGUCAUCAAGGCAAAGGGUGGCUAUUUGAAGAAUCUCAAAUAUAAAACGUUUUCGUUUAACACUUUUUCUUUGGUUACUACAUGAUUCCAUGUGUCAUUUCAUAGUUUUGAUGUCUUCGCUAUUAUUCUACAAUGUAUAAAAUUGUAAAAAAUAAAGAAAAACCCUUAAAUGAGUAGGUGUGUCCAAACAUUUGACUGGUAGUGUAUAUUAGGGAUGUUAAUCGGUUAGCCGCCGAAAAUACAUUUGACCGGUCAUGCUUAUCGGUGUGUAUAUAUGGAAUUUGCAUAACUUUGUGGAAUUCAAUUGGCACGUGUAUUUUCAUUAGUCGUCAUGCAUUUUAUUUAUCAUACGCGCACAGCAUACAGAGCCUAGUUUGAGAAGCGGCAUAGCUCACCUACCACCUGUCAGACAGCGCGAGAGUAGCUCCUCAAAAAGCCUUUAGGCUACUGGAGUGAAACCUGCUUUUGUAAGCCCAGUCAUUGCGCAACAAAUAACAAUUCCAAAUGCAAUCACGUGUUAACUUUAGUGGCCACGAUUUAAAAAGGAGCUAUUUUUAUUUCUCAAUCUCGUAAAGCACGCCUCGGAUGCAUAGGCAAUAGCCUGCCUACUGUUGACCAUCAGUGUGUCACCCACCACUUUGCAAUGUGAGCUUGAGGCAGUAUAAUUGUUUAAAAUCUGAACGUUUUACUUUACUUCAAAUAAUGAGGCAUGUCUUACUUUGCUUCAAAGUAGCCUUGCAGAAAUCCAUUCAUCGUUCUAUUGGUUUUCAUAUCAACAUUUUGUUGUCCAGAAGCCAAAGGCACAAUCCUAGUCAUAUUAGCAACCCAUCAUAGUAGUUGCAAUUAGAUUCCCCCUCUUUCUAAGUUUCUAACAGAGAUUUUCAUCUGUCACAUAUGAAACUGCUCGCAAUAGGUGCCCAGUUUAGAACUGUUUUCUUCUAGUUGCAUUUGGGCAAAUGUUUGAAAAUGACGUUUUAUUAGCUGCUUCAUUACAGGAAUUGCAUGUUCAAUAAUAGACUAUAGCCUUUGACUGUAAGAUGAUAUGCUUGCUAUUGUUGCAUGUUUCCAUUUAAGCUCUUAAUGAAAAAUGUUGGGUCCUUGUAUGCAUGUAUGCAUGCAUGCAUAGUAUCAGAGGAAGAGGCGAAGCGAGAGGUUUCACACUCGCCAAACUCUGACCAAAAUCAGUCCAAUGGACUUAUUUUGGGCCUAUGCUUGUCGCCUGCCUUCCCGACUUGGGACGACUCCCAUUUGUUAGGGGGGGAAACAUGAGCAUCUCGUCAUUAUAUACUGAUCUCUGAUAGUGUUUUCUGUUGGUCACGUCAUUUUACUGUUUAGAAAAAAUAACGGUUUGUUGAAUGGUUAAUGAGGGUCAGUUAGUUGACCGAAAUUUGCAUCAUAUACUGAACAGAAAUAUAAACGCAACAUGCAACAAUUUAAAGAUUUUACUGAGUUACUGGGGUGUGUGCUAUGCCACUGCUUAUAACUAUAAGUGAACUAUCUAAGAUGUUCCGAAUCAACUAUAUACAGCUCAGGGCUCCAGAUAUGCAUUUGGUUUACUAACUUGCUAGCUAUGUGGCUAGACAUCAAGAUCAAGCUUCUUGGUUACAGUAGAGACGAUCCCCUCCUUGAUCAAGAUCCGUGUUGCCUAAAUUGCACCCCUUUUGUGCACUUAAGGUAAUACCAUAUGCCCCCGUAUGGUAUAGAAAUGGUAUGAAAAUCUGGAUACCGCCCAACCCUACAGGUAGGCAGGCAUAAGCUUCUUUCUAGUUAAUGAGGUUUUUGGGAAAGCCUUUCUCCAUCAACCAGAAGACUGUUAUGCUUAGCGUCGCUAACGGUUAUAGUCGUAGACAUACGCGCACCCACACAUACAGAUGAGACUGGGGCAUUUCCGUGUCGUUGCCACUUCAGAAAGUUGCCGGAAAUAUGAAUCACUGAUGCAUUCUGUUCAUGUCUUAUGAUAAACUUGGGCAUUUUCUGAGUUCAAUACAUUUAUUUGAUUUCCUACCAAGUUCAAUACUACCCAAUGAGGCCUAGUGCACUCGCAAUGGCCAAUGCGCAGCUCCAUAUUUCAAACAGCGGCAGGGCAGACCUUUUUAUUACAGAAAUCGUGAGGAUGAUGCAUUUUACUGUUUGACCAAAUCAUAGUUUUAUCCGCCCAAAAAAUAGGACGUUUUGAUUGAGCUGACCAGGUAGAAUGUACAGCUCGCACCAGUGCAACCAAUAAAAAAAUGUAACUCGCACAGCGAAGUCAAAGGGUCACGAAACGUGACUGUGGUCAGUCUAGAGCCCUGUAUGGGCACAUUCAUCGAGUUGAACACUAAUACGGGCACAGGGUUGAAGUGGUGUCCUUUAUUGGAUUGAGGUGUCAGCAUUCGUUUACAUUAUCUACAGAAUCCUCUCAAGUUCCUCCAAUGCUUCUUAGUGCCUCUAUUUGUGCAGUAAACAUCCUGUCGAUCUGGUUAGAUCAGCAUUUCUUGGUUUUUAUGAUUUCCAUAAUGUGAAAUUAUAUGAAGUGCCUGUGGUGUUCACAGAUCCAGGCUAACUGACUGUCUUGUUUGACUAUAAGUGGGUCUGUGUAAGAGUCUGCUAAAUGUAACAUGUGAUGCCUUCCUCCUUCCCCAGCACGGUGACAUGGACCAGAAGGAGAGGGACCUGAUCAUGAGGGAGUUCCGCUCUGGCUCCAGCCGUGUCCUCAUCACCACAGAUCUGCUGGUGAGUUGAGUUCAGGAGACGCAGCAGCACCCUACUACCUGGGCAGAGCACACUGUGCCUUGAAUAUUUUCAUUUGUUUAAUGUAAUAAAUAUAAUUUCUUAUUAUAUUAAUCAAUUUGGCAAACCCAUUUAUUCAAAUCGACUUCCUUUACAGUGAAAUUAAACGUGUAAGUGGGCUCUAUAUUAUAUAUUUAAUUAGCCUAUUCUCAAUUAACAGUAAUACCAAAGUUUUAGUCAAGUGGCAAAAAUGUUUUAUCCCUGUAGGAAUCGAACCCAUAACCUUUGGCGCUACACUCCCACCAACUGAUACACACGGGACCAAGCCAUCUUGCAUCGGUGUACAGGGUAUUAAAGCCGCUAGAGGUCAGGCAUUGCAGGAGUGCUGAUCAUGUUUCUCUUUUCAGGCCCGUGGAAUUGAUGUCCAGCAGGUGUCUCUGGUUAUCAACUAUGACCUGCCGACCAAUCGUGAGAACUACAUUCACAGGUAGGAGGGACCCUGAGUUAUAUUAAAAACAAAGCUCCAUAGGAAUCACUUUUUAUUUCACUGCUGUUUUGAUUAUGGCAAUCAACAUGGUUCAUAUUGGGGUGUGAAUUUUCCUGAUUAAUCAGGAGUUCCUGCUUUACUGACAUCCUCCAUUUCAUACAUCAUUGAAAUGUACCUAGCUAACCACAAACCAAUAUCAUACUUUUUCUAGAUUGUUCUAUAAUGUCCUGCUCUCAUUCCUGGUUUGUUCAUUCAAAUCAUAUUUAUUUCUCUACCGUUUUGAUUAUAAUUGCAGAUUGGCAGGGUUCAUAUUAAUCUCGACUUUGCUUGUUGUGUGCCAGGAUCGGGAGAGGAGGCCGUUUCGGCAGGAAGGGUGUUGCCAUCAACAUGGUGACUGAAGAGGACAAGCGCACACUCCGGGACAUUGAGACAUUCUACAACACCACAGUAGAGGAGAUGCCCAUGAAUGUGGCUGACCUGAUCUAG